CCUCUCUCCCAAUCUCCCCUCUCAAGAAGGACUUGGCUUCGUUCUUGCAGCAGCACCAGCAACACCAUUCUGCUCCUGUUCCAGUUGACCUCGAAACUACCCUGCUCCACCUUUCUAGUUUGAACACCCUUUGAUUGCCAUAGCCUUGCAACCAAACACCUUUAGUUCCCUGUGCCUUGGAGAUUCUGUCUGGGAGUAUCAUCUCAUUACAGAAGCUCUACCAGCUAGUCUUUUCCAGCCAAAACUCUGCUAAAAUUCCUGUCAGAAACCUCGUAGUUCAAGCGUCACUCUGUCGAAAACCCUUGCUAUACAGGGCGUCACUCUGCCGAAUUUUCCAGUCGAAAACCCUUGUUGGACGGGGAGAAGCUCUGUCCGAUUUCCGAGUACAAAAGCUUGAUUUUCAGGGGAAACUCUGCCGAUUUUUAUUUGCUUGACCAGCUCUAUGCUGAUGUUGUUCUAUCCUCGGUGUUUAUGAUAACAUCCACCGUCCUCGUUCAGUCCUUCUCCGUCGUCUUCCUCUACUGGUUCUACGUCUUCUCAUAAUUCCAGCUAAACCGAGAAUUCACCUGCUUAUUAUUGCUGUUAAGAUUUUGCUAGCUUAAAAAACCAAGAAAUCAAGUCAUAAAGCUUUGAGCUGCUGUAAGAAAUAUGGCCUCCCCCGGCGCGGUGUCUGCCGUCACCUCGUCGUCGCACGGCUCGGGGGCGACACGGGCGCUCACGGAGGAGAGGAAGCGGAAGCGCAAGGAGUCGAACCGGCUUUCGGCGCAGCGGUCGCGCGCGCGCAAGCAGCAGCAGGUGGACGAGCUGGAGGCUCAGGUGGCCGCGCUACGCGCCCGCAACGGCGCCAUGGCCGCAGCGGCGAACGAGGCCGCGCGGCGGUACGCGGCCAUCGAGGCCGAGAACGAGCUCCUUCGCGCGCGGACGCUCGAACUCACCGCGCGCUGGGAGUCCCUCGCUGAACUGAUCCAGUACAUGGACGCGGCCGCAGCCUCCUUCAACCCCUUCGCAGGCGUCAACGGUGCAGUCUUGCCCCAGCCGCCGCUCCUCGACACAGCCAUGUAUGGCAACUUCUACUACUAAGAUGAUCGCAUCACGAUCACAUCAUGCUGGCUCCUAGCUCUCUAUGUUGUAUAUAUGUGCUUGUGCUUUCCUAGCGUUAUUGGGUGGGCAAAGAAAGUGGGGACUGUGUGUCGUGUGACUUUAUAGUGUGACAUGGACGUCAACGACAACAUAUGUGGUUAAUUGGAUGCCCUUGUUGGACAAGCAACUCCAUGUACGUGUAUCUCUUUUUUUUCUAUAAAGCUGUUAUCACAUCUCGCAUCA